GCUUCCUUCCGCGAACUUAUCGUAACCUUUUACACAUGAUUCGAUAUCAACUUGGAAUAGGAUAUUUAAUUCACCAAUCUUGUUAUACUUUCGGCUGGCCUAUGGCUUUGAUGGGCCGCUGCUGAAGCCGUAAUGUCUGUUAUUCUUUGUACCGCUGGGUACGAUCACACAAUCAGGUUCUGGGAGGCGUUAUCAGGAAUCUGCUCGCGAACAAUUCAACAUCCGGAUUCGCAGGUUAAUCGACUAUGCAUCUCGCCGGACAAGCGGUUCCUGGCAGCGGCCGGUCACCAUACGGUUAAGCUCUACGAUAUCAAGUCGACGAAUCCGAACCCCCUACUUACCUUCGAAGGCCACACGGGAAACGUGACGGGAGUCGCGUUCCACUGCGAGGGGAAAUGGAUGGUGACGAGUUCUGAAGACGGCACCGUCAAGAUAUGGGAGACGCGCUCCGGCACUAUCCAGCGCAGCUACAACCACGGUUCUGCGGUGAACGAUGUCGUUAUACACCCCAAUCAGGGCGAGAUCAUAAGCUGCGACCGGAGCGGAAGCGUCAGGGUUUGGGAUCUUGCUGAGAACAACUGCUCUCAUCAACUCAUUCCCGAGGAAGAUGUCUCCGUUUCCAGCGUUACCGUCGCGAGCGAUGGAUCUCUCCUCUGCGCUGCUAACAAUGCCGGCAACGUCUUCGUCUGGCAACUAAUCCAAACCUACGAGCGCACGAAUCUCCUCCCCGUAACCCACUUCUCCGCCCAUAAAGAGUAUAUCACGCGAAUUCUCCUCUCCCCCGACGUCAAAAAGCUCGCAACCUGCUCGGCAGACCACACGGCCAAGAUCUGGGAAGUCACCAACGUGACGGGCACGUCGUCCGACGAGUCCUCUUCGUCAUCCCUCUCCAACGCUCCCGCGAACGGCAUCAACGGCCACGACAAGCCCAAUGGCAGCAGCGGAGACGCCGCGGCCGGAGAGCCUAGACCGUAUCCCCUAGAGGCGACGCUCACGGGCCACCAGCGCUGGGUCUGGGAUUGCGCGUUUAGCGCGGAUUCGGCGUAUUUGGUUACGGCGUGCUCGGACCACUACGCGCGGUUGUGGGAGCUGCAUAGUCAACAGGUUAUUCGCCAGUAUAACGGCCACCACCGCGGCGCGGUCUGCGUAGCUCUUAACGAUUACUCCGAGGCGCGGUGAUUUGUAAGUCGCGUGUCGGCAGAUGAAUGGGGACGCGUGUCAUAGGCGCAGAAAUGCCGAAGAGACAUACGUAAAGAGAAGGUGGAGGUGGUGGACGUGGUUCUUGGUACGAGCCUGCUUUUCUAUAUACCUAGGUAUCCUCUGGCGUUGGAGUUUUACAUGGGGCUCCUGCGGUUGGUUCUGUUAUGCAGUUUUAUUUUGAUUUCUACCUAUUCGUGUCUGCUUGGUACGAUAUAAUUCUAUUCUGUGACUUGUUUUAAAUACCAACGGGAUGUUCUGAAUCAAGUACCAUCAGGCGGUAUAUGUUAAGAAUGGCAGCAGUUGG